AAGAGGAGAUUAUUGGUGCUAGAGGAUAAUGUUAGAGAAUGUAAGGUGAAACAGAAACAUGCUGAGGAUACAUUAAAGAUAGAGGCUGAUAAACAAAUGGAGUUACAUGCUAGGUUUGAAGCACAGGAAGAAGAAUUGAAAAGAUUACGUAAUUUUCUAGCUAGGAAAGUAGAACAGUCAGGUGACUCGGAUAAAACCAUGUGGCAGGAGAUGAAUCGAGUAAUUCAAGAUCUGAGUCGUCAAAUGACUACACAUCUAGACUCAACAAGGGGUGGAGACAAAGAGAAGAGUCCCGAGUCCCUUGUAUCUAGGUUACGAAAACAGGUAGCGGAAGUGCAGGGUGAACUAAGUACAGAGAAAUCCUUACAUCAGAUCACUAAGACGUCGUUAGUGGCACUAGAAGAAGAUUGUCAAAGGUUACGUAAACAGUUACAUCAUUAUCGGAGACGUGAUCCACCUUCCGGAGAAAAUUUAGAGAGUACACCAAUUAUGCCAGUUGUGAACAGAAAACACAAAAACAGAAUGGAAGCAAUCAAUGCUAUAAUUGCCAGGUCACAGUCCCAGGCGCAAGCACUUCUGUCUUCAGGCGGUUACUUUGAUGACAGUAUGGUCAGCCCUAGAGUCCGCACACACCAGGCCAGUACCAGAGUUGGAUUUCACAGUCCACGUCAUGCAGACUCCCCAGACAAUUCCUACUGCGAAGAUUUGUCCGUUGCUAGUUUACCACCAAUGCAUUAUGGGCUUCCGUCUUCAAAAUCAUAGUAUAGGUAGUGCAUUUUGAACUGUAUAGUAGCAUAUAGCUGGUACAUACUGAAUUGUACAGUAUAGUAUAGCUAGUGCAUACAUGAACAGCACAGUAUAGUAUAACUACUGUACAGUAAUAUGGUCAUCAAGUUUAGUUAAUGGAUAUUGAAAUGUCUUGAUUAAUAAGUUAUUUAGUUGGUGCAUAUAAUACACAAGUAUUACAGUUCAGUGUGUUUUAUUAAUUUUAGCCAAGACAAAUACUGUGUACAUUACCAUUGUAGUUUUUCACAAUUCAUACAGUAUAGACUUAUAUCUAUGGAAUAUUGUGAAAGUAUAGCCUAUACAUACUGAACUGUCAUAAAACAUUGUAUUAAACCUUACUAUGCAUUAUUUCUACAGCAGCUGAUUACAAAAUUUAAUAAUGUGUAUGAUAUUUUAAGAGAAUAUAACUGCCAGUAUUUUAUUUUGAUAUUGUCAGUCAUAUGAUAUUAUAUAGUUUAAUAGAAGCAGUAACAAGAAAAACAUACAGAAUAUGUAAAUGAUUAUAUCUUUUUUAUAUGUUUUAUAAAAGUAUUUACUGUAGAAAUUAGUCACAAACAUUCCGUCCUUGAUGCUUUACAUGACUAAAUUUUCAUAAUCAUUAAAUUAUAAUCAAAACCACAAUACCAGGAGAAAUUUAUAGAUUUAGUGAUAUAUUGACUGUAUAUUUUGUUUGUUACCAUGGCAAUGUAUUAUUCUUAUGUUAUGUUAGUUGUAGUUGUCCGUCCAUGAUAUUAACUUUUAUCUACAUAAUCAUACAUGUCUAUAUUAUUGUAUUUAUCACAAAUCUUGUAUGUAUACAUGAUAUUUGUUUUCAUUGAUGUGAUAUAGUUUAUAUUUCACUGAGGCUAGAAAAUAUUAAAAUAUUCUCAAAUGAUAAUAGUUAUAGGAAGUAUAAAGGGAGAUGUUAUAUUAAAAUGUGAAAACCAAACACAUUUUCUAUUCAUGCUUUUUUUUUUUUGGCAACAAGUUUUCAAUACACAAUACAUGUGUAACAUGUAUAUUUAUAAAUGUUAUUACAAAAGGGUGAUAUUGCAUUACUAAUUUUGACCCUCCCUUUGCUUUCAGAUUGAAAUAAACUUAAAUAUUAUUAUUUUAGUGAGGUACCUCUAUGUUUGAGUUUAUAAAAUUUAAUAAAUCAAUGUUUAGUUAUGUAUUUUUUUAGAAUAAGAAAGGAAUCAGAAUUAUGAAUAUUUAUUUAAUAAGAAAACAGAUUAAUCAUAUAAUUUAUAUAAUAAUAUUAGAAAGAAAACAAUACAGAUUUUAACCAAGCACUGCAUAAAUCACCUAAAACAACAAGACUCGUCUUAUAUUUAAAGGAACAGGCCUACUCUUAUAUUUUUUUCAUACUAUAUGAUGUUUUCUGCAAUAUUUAAAUGUCUGAAGCUUAAGAAACUAAAAUAUCUGGGCAUUUUUUGCAAUAUAUUGAAAUAAAGCAGUAAUAAAUAUGUGUUCAUUACCAUUCAAGUCAUUCUUAUCAUACAUUACCGACAGCAAUCAGUCUCAUUCUAGCUGUAUAUUCCUGGGUCUGUCACAAACUUUUCCAUGAUGAUUUGCUUCUAACUGAUUUGGUUCAAAAUGAUUUUCAUAUUAGUUUUUCACAGCCUAUUGUCAUUUAUUUUCAUGCUGCUGUUGUUUUGG